AUGAUGUUGUCCGCGAUUUUCCUCCAUGCUAUGAUGGCGUUGGUCGUCGCUUCGCAGGAUACUGCGGAGAAGAAAGGCAAACCGAAUUUCAUCAUUAUCAUGACGGACGAUCAAGACCUCCAUCUCAACUCUCUCGACUACCAGCCUGCAGUCCAGAAACAUUUCGCCGAACAGGGGACCUUUUACCAGAAACACUUUGUCACGAUGGCCCAAUGCUGUCCGUCCCGCGUGUCAUUACUAACCGGAAUGGCUGGUCACAACACAAACGUGACAGAUGUCUUCCCACCAGACGUCUUGCUUGACCCCUACACCUAUCUCUACUACAACGCUACGUUGCAGCGAAACCAAGAUCCUCCCAGAAGCUUCCCGGGCGAGUAUAACACGGAUAUAAUCAAGGAAAAGGCUUUGGGAUUUUUAGAUGAUGCUGCAGCUGCAGAUGAGCCGUUCUUUAUCGGAGUGAUGCCUAUUGCACCACAUACCGAGUCGCCAGCGUCGUCCGGCGGACAGGCCAUUCCUGAAUUUUUCCCGCCCAUACCCGCUAAAAGGCACGAAAAUCUUUUUCAAGGAGCCAAAAUCCCUCGGACCUACAGUUUCAACCCUGAUCGACCAAGUGGAGGAAGCUACGUGAAGCUGAAACCUAAGAUGAAUGAUACCGUCCUAGAAUACAACGAUGAGUUCUACAGACUCCGUCUCGCCACACUUGCAGCAGUCGACGACAUUAUCAACGAAGUGUUUGAAAAGCUGGAGGAGCAUAACCUUCUGGACAACACAUACGUCAUCUAUACCACCGACAAUGGAUUUCAUAUGGGACAACAUCGUCUGGACCCCGGAAAGGCCUGCCCGUAUGAAGAAGAUGUCAAUGUUCCCAUGUUUAUUCGAGGUCCAAACGUACCGAAAGGAGUUACUAACAAUUCGACGGGCAACCGAUGCCAAUCACCCUCGAAGAGCAUGCGAACGCGAGUACUGAACACGUGA